CACAGUAAUCCAUUGGUGAUGAUGUGAUCGUUCCGUUGUGUUUUCGCUUUCUGCUACGAAAAUUUUACAUUGCUUUUUAAUUAUUCUAAUUUUAUGUUUCCAUUGCCACAAUGAUAUUCGAAAGCAUAAAUUGACGCGAUAAUUGAAUCCGUUCCGUUUCCGCAUCCGUCCGUGUAAAGCUUUAUGACACCACUAGAUACCACCACACAUUGUCGGAAUGCAGCAGAAAUCAACGCCCUACUGUGAUGGAAACGGAACCACCACGGCCACCGAAACGGAUGGAUCGCGCCUCAGCGUGCUGGCCAAACAGCCACUCGAUUUUCUUACCCGCACCGACGAGGGCAACUUCACCGUCACCCAUUCGGACAUUGUUUGGACGGUGAUUUCCAUCCUCAGUCGGAUAGUGAGCAUCCUUCUCAACAUUAAUCUCGCUUACGACUACUAUCGGAAGGGAAAGGUGGACUACUUCAUAUGGACCACCUGUGGCAUCGUUGUUCCCGGAAUUGUAACCAGUACUCUAACAGUUUACAUGUACCUAGAGGACAUGAAAGAACACAAAAGGGUCCGUAGAAGAUGCUGCGAGAUACUGAUCUUCAUCAUCAUCGUUCCCUUCUUUUUUCGAUACUGCCAAUCGUUGGCGUAUGCCAUCCAAAGCAAGCUUGCCGAAUCACGAAAUGACCGUGAGGCGCAGAAGAAGUACUACGAAUUUAUGAUCCAGGAGGACAGCGACGUAGCGUUGGUUCGAAUCUUCGAAUGUCUCUUGGAAGCUGCGCCGCAGAAAAUCCUGCAGCUGACGAUCGUCCUGUCCGGAGAGGAUCGAAUAACGUGGCCCCAACUGCUCGCCAUUUUCGGAGCAAUCACCGGUAUCGCGUGGUGCAUGGCUUCCUACUAUCGGUGCAUUCGGUUUUCCCAACCCGACAAACGUCACAUGUCUUGGCUUGGAACGAUCUCUCAAAUCCUGUGGCACUUCUUCGUCACCAUGUCGCGCAUUCUAGCGAUCGCCACCGUCGCUAGUAUCUUUCCCAUGUACAUGCUGAUCGCCUGCUUUGUACAUUCCUUCACCAUGACCCUGUGGAUAUUCUUCUUCGACCGUUCACCGUUCUGCAGUUCUACUAUGCUGCAUAGUUUCCUGUUUUCGCUCGUCCUAGGAGUGGUGUUCAUUUUCACCUACAUCCUACCGAGAGUUGGACGAACCUUCCACCGGUACCUCAUCUACUAUAGCCUGUGUGGAGCGGAAAACGUCGUCUGUUUAAUAAUCUACCUCUAUUACGUUAAAAAUGCCACCAUCAAAGAUUCGUAUUACCUGCUAUUGCUGGGCGCUGCCCCGAUCGUGCCGUUCACGGUUGGGAUCUUAUCAAUGGUGUGCUAUUACAAAAACUUCCAUCCCAACAUAAUGUCACGAAAGCAACCGGAAGAUCUGGCAUGCAGCAGCACCGGGGGAAGUUCCACAGCGGACGAAGAACGGCAGCAAUCCCCGCCUAAUGGAACGGCGAUCACGGAGGCUUCCAGCAUUACCAAAAACAAGAACCUAGGUAAUUGUCAACUCAAUAAUCAUGAACAGUAAUUUUUCGUUAGAUUAGGUAGAUUAAGUCGCAGAGUUGAACAAUCCGUGUGUUGUAUUGUUGUUAUUUUUUUUAUCUAUUAUUAUUCGUGAUGAGAAAUUACCAGACUGAGACCCAGAUGAAAUCACUUUUUAGGAAAAAUGAAUCCCAUAGAGAUGAUGCUUUUAGUAUUAUUACAAAUAAAUCAACACUGUA